AGUACGUUAUUUUAUCCCCCGUUUAUCCACCUCUUGACCACUGAUAGACCGGUAGCUACAGUAUGAUUUUGGUCAAAUCUUCGCGAUCACAUAGUUUCCCCCGCAACGUCGUCUUCGAGAACUCUAAGUAGAACCACUCGACGUUAUCGACAAAAACAUUGCAAUACUAGACUGUCCCAUCAUCGAUCCCGCCUUGGCACGACUAACAAAAUAUUAUCGCGAGAAUGAACACCCCAACGCCCCCACCCCCGACCAGCACCGCCGAGGGCGUGAACCAGGCGAUCUAUGUCGCGCUGCGGAUCCGUCCGUUCGUGCCCCGCGAAGCGGGGGAGGACCGGAUUUUGUUUUGCAAGAACGGGAAGUUGGAGCUGUUGAACCCGCAACUGAAGAAGCAGAAGCAAACCUUCGACGGGUUUGACGAAUUGAUGGACAGCUCCGUGGACAAGCAAGACGUGUAUUACUUCGAUCAGCAGAAGGUGUACGAUACAUUAGGGAAAAAAGUGUUCCGCACCGUGACCGACGGGUACUCCGCGGCGCUGUUUGCCUACGGGCAGACCGGCAGCGGGAAGACGACCACGGUGACGGGGCACUUAGAUGUGAAGCACGACCACGGGCUGCUGCCCAGACUCCUCCAGGACCUCUUCGCGUUUCAGGAGCAGCAGGCGAAGCUGAAUUUAUCAACUGUAAAAAUGUCUGGGUCUGGAAGAAUUCAUGUUUGUCAUGCUUGUCUGUCAUGACUCUUAAAUCUGUCAUGCACGUUACCCCAGAGCUCCGUUUUUCUGUGAUGCAGAAGCAGUUUGUCAUGCAGAAUAGGCAACACCGACAUAGGAGCUCAGAAACUUGUCAUGCUGAGCCAGAAUCUGUGGCCUCAUCAUGAGACGCCACCCAGCAUCACAAGUUUCCAGACCGAGACAUUUUUACAUUUGAUAGAAUUUGAGUGAGCACAAAAUCCAAUGCAGCGUGUUGGAGAUCUACAACGAGCGGCUCCGCGACCUGCUGAUCCCGAAGGACCAGGAGAUCCGGGAAAAAAUCGACAUCCGGUCGCACCCGAGGUUAGGGAAUUACAUCCCGAAUUUGACCAUCGAAAUCGUGAAAGACUUGAACGAGGCGAACCAUUGCAUGGAGUUCGCGCGCUUGAAUCAGACCGUCGCGUCCACGCAGAUGAACGCGAAAUCCAGUCGGGCACACACCGUGUUUUCCUUCAAGAUGGAGAAGGUGGUGAAGUCCAUCGGGCAAGGGACAAGUGCAACGGAGAUGUUGAACAGCAAUUCAGCAUCUACGACGACGUCCUCUACCCUACAUUUCGUCGACUUAGCCGGGCGCGAGAACGAAAAGACGACCUUGGCGCGGGGGGAGCGGCUGGUGGAAUUAGGGUUCAUCAACAAAUCCUUAUUCCACUUGUCCAACUGCAUCCAAGCGCUGGGGCAAUCCUCGAAGGGGAGCGGAAAUUAUCCGAAGAUCAAGGGCACGAUCGAUAUCGGGAAAGCGAACUACCGAAACUCGAAAAUUACGAUGCUGUUACAGGAAGCGCUGUCGGGAAACAGUCGGACGUUCAUGGUCGGAACGCUGUCCCCCGCCGCGUCGGCGUUCGACGAAAACGCGGUGACCCUGCGGUUUGCGGCAACUUGUAAAAACAUCAAAACGCUGUCGAGCAAGAUUGAGGCGAAGGAAUCGGACACGGUGGUGCAGCUGCAAACGGAAAUUGAACGGCUAAAACAGCAGUUGGUCAUCGCGCGGGAGGAACAAGACUUGGCCAUACGUACUAUCGGGGAUUUUUGUUUUUUGGAUCUUCUGCGUUUAUUUCUCCAGUUUUGAAAAUCGCGGUCAUCUUUAAUGUACGAAGGUAGACUUCUUCUUCUAGUGCAACCUCAGAUUUCUAGUGCUCUACAGACAAAAAUAUAAAACUGCUCCAUUAUGUCUUCCUCUUCGCCAGCCUUGAGAAUUAUCUUGUAUCAUGAUCAUAAGUUCAACAGUUUUCAUCUUCGAACAAAAUCCCCACAGAACGGCGGGAGCCCAGCGUCCACGAGACGCCGCAGGAGGUGCAGGAGCAGCUGGAGGCGGUGCAGGCCGCGCUCGCGGAGAAGACCAAGACGGCCCAGCAACUGUCGGAGGAAGCGGAAAGGUUGCGGAAGUACCGACACGCGAUGAUGAUGCGACUGGGUGUCGCGAAAGUGCAGUUGCUGCACGAAAAGGAGAAACACGAACUUUUACCGUUACUGUCCAACGAGUCUUCCGAUCCGCACCAGUGCGGAAAACUGCAGUACUCGUUUACCCACUUGAAAACUUGGUACUUCGGGGACAAUUUCGACGCGGUCGUUUUAACGGCGAAGAAGAACGGCGAAUACGAGGAAGCCGACACGGCGCCGACCUAUUUCGCGUCCCACGCCAUCUCGUCCGAGAAGCUGCCCAAUUGCGCGGAGUUGAUUGGCUUUCAGACCGCCCCGGUGCUGUGCAAAGUGGUUUGCACGCAAACCCGUGACGGGCCGCAAUUGCAGGUGAUGAAGCUGUGCGAGGAUGGGGAUAACGCGGCGGUUAUCCUGAGUAAAAACGUACCCACACCAGAGUCAGGAUGGGGAUUUUGCAACACAAACCUAGGAGUUUUAGGACUCACGCAUGACAAAUUUCAGUCCGUAAAGUAGUGCAAGUUAGCAAGGAAAGCCGCGUCACAAAUCGACCUUCUGAUCCUGUUUACAGCAUUACAAGUUCCCAAACACGAUUGAAAAUGCCUGUCAUGGGGUUGCGCAUCACAAAUGUUCCUGUCAUGGCAAAUCUGCAUGAAAACUCUGGGGUGGGGACGUUUUUACACAGGAUAGCGGUGCUUUUGAAUAACGAGGAAUUGAAACAGAACCAGCUGUAUCAAAUGUAAAAAUGUCUGGGUCUGGAAGGAUCCAACUUGUCAUGCUGAUUUUGGAUUCUAAAAAAAUCUGCAUUGCAUGAGCAGCAAAGAGAGUCCAAAUUUUGCAGCACGGAAAGGGCAUUUGUCAUGCGGGAUAGGCAUCAGAAAGCCCUCUCAAAAUCUGUGAUGCUAGGGCAUGCGUCACAGACUUGAGGAGUCAUGCAAAAUAUGCAUGACACACCCGGCAAUCUUCCAGACCCAGACAUUUUUACAUUUGAUAAGCUGUCCAGACCGCUGCAGCAGGGGGACAAGCUACUCUUCGGCCGGAGUUUCUGCUUCCGCUGCUACUUGCAAAACGCCGAGCCGACGGACGACGCACUGCACACGCCGCGAAACCGCCGGACGCAGUUCAAUACCUCAGAUGAAGUGCUGAACGCGUUGCAGACCUUACUACCGAAACAGGACUUCGUCAAUACCUUCAAGCUCCACCACGCGAAGCAAUUCGUUUCCAACAUGAAGUCACUCUCCAUCGAUCACGAAAAGAAGACGCGGAAGUUUCUCUACGAAGCGUGCAAACUGAAAGCCUUGGUUGAGGAGGCGAACGAGAUGACCACCGCGUUGCGGCCCUCCGACGGUUUGUUUAUCGAGCUGGCGCACGCGGCGCCCAUUGUCUACAUGGGCUACCCGGACGCGUACGUCCCGUUACCCAUCGUGCGGCUGGCGCGGCGGGUCGAUCAGGAUUGGAAGAAGUGGCGGUUGCGGAAUUCCGGGCUGCAAAAGGCGAACAAUUUGCAUUUGUCGGAAAACCAUCUGGCCGAAAUGGAUUUCGAGCACCACCACCACGAGGAACAUCUGGACCAGGAGGACGAAACGCUGUUCGUGUGGAACGUGCCGAAGUUCCUGAACCGGUUGGAACUGAUGCGCGACAUCUACCACAGCUGGCAGCAGGGGCACGAGAUCGUGGUCGAUCUGAAAAACGACCCGUGGGUGGAGGCGGGGCCGGUGGAAAUCGAGUUUUGGAUGUCGAAGUACACGCGGGAAAUGGAAAGUCAGAAGGAGGAAACGGAGCUGAAGGUGAAGCAACUGAGAAAGGAGAAGGACCAGUUGCUCGUGGAAAAAAAUGAAAAUGAAACGCAGAAAAAACAGCUUGAAAAACAGAUCCAAGACUUGGAAGUCCAACUCUCCGCGGUGAAGGAGGUGCACGACAAGCAGGCCGAGCAGCAGACGAGCGCUUUUUCCGAGCGGGAACUGCAAUUGCGACAGGAAAUCGCCCGGUUGAAGACGGAGCUGGAGCAGAAGAUAACCGACAUCGCGAAAAUCGAGCAGGCACAUAUGACCUGCUCAAACGUUACAAUCUCAAACGUUACAAUAGAACGUGAGUUUUGUAUUGCAUGAUGAGCAUGACAGACUCGGACAGCAUUCCACUUUCUGCAAUACAAAUUUCGCCAGAUUGUAGUGCGGAUUGGGACUCCAGAACUUGUCAUGCGGAAUCCUAUGAGAUUUGGCUAGGUCAUGCACUUUUGCAUCACAGAUUUCCAUACUCUAUUGUAACGUUUGAGAUUGUAACACCUGAUCGGGUUAUAGCACAUCACGAGGAGCUGCUGGAUUUGUCGAAGAAACAGAAAUUGAUGCAGGUGGAGGCGUAUGCUUUGCAAACAUGUCUGGGUCUGGAAGGAUGCGAACUUGUGAUGCCUGUUGCGGAUCGUACAAAAAUCUGUGUUGCGUAACUUGCAAAAGGUGCCCACUCCUGGCCAUGCUGAGAGGGCAUGUGUCAUGCAGAACAGGCAUCACCCAGGGGCUGCAGAUCCUGUGAUGCUAGACCCUGCAUUCCAGACUUGGUGGAGCUUGGAUAAACUGCAUCACAAAUCUCGCAAUCUUCCAGACCCAGACAUUUUUGCAUUUGAUAAGGCGGAUAUGGAAAUCCGGAAGGUGAAAGACGAGAUUAAAACCUCGGUUGUGAGGCAGAAAGAGUUCGACGAGAAACGGUUCUCGGAAGAGAAAAUGACCAUGGAAAAGAAGUUUGAAAUAGAACGGAAGCAACUGUACGAGCAGGGGGACGAACUGAGGCGGCAGUUGUCCGCGAUGAAACAAACAUCGGACGUAAAAGUUUCGCUGGAGCAGGAGAAAUUGCAAACGUUGCAGAAGGAGCUGCAGGACCAAAGGGUGGCACUGUACGAGAAGAUGGAAAAGGACAAGAAAAUCCUGUUGCACGAGCACGAAACAAUUUUGAUAUCCGAAAAACAUAAUUUCGAACGCGAAAAGACGGCCUUGCAGGCGGAUUUGGAUUCCCGGUUGAAAGAAACACAGGAAGAUCUUGCGCGGUUGUUGGCGGAAGAGAGACAGAAAAUGGAAAGGACGAUUCAGCUGGAAAGAGAGGAAUUUAGUCUGCAGCUGCAGAAACAGAGGGAGCUGUAUGAGCAGAUGCGGCGGGACCGGGAUAGGAUUCAAUCCGAGCUAGAGCACGUCAGAAAGGACAAAGAAGCUUUGGAGGCAUCUUUAUUAGGGGAUAAGGACCAGUCCGCCGCGCAGUUGAAGCGGUGCAUGGAACUGAGUCUCGCGAACCAGAAACUGCUGGACCAGUUUUUUGUCGCGAAAAAAGGAAAUAACGCCAAUAGCAACGAGCAACGGCCGAAGUCUCCAAGAAGUGGCGCGCCAAACAUUGUGCAAAUGACGGCGCCAGCGGGAUCGAAGGGUAGCGCCGGCGGAGAUAGGUUGUAGAUCUUGCGAAGUGCGGUCUUUUUUACUACACUAUGAGGUUGGUAGUUGCUUACAAUUUCAUUUCUGGAUGGAGGUAGAUGAUGCACCAGGUUCUAGGAAUAUACAAGUAUCGCCUGUAGAACGUGCAGGCAAAACUAAAAAUCGUUGGAAAGCAAGCGCUGUGAUCGAAUUCGAAUUGGGAAUUAUCUCUCAUGAUUUCUCGUAAUAU